UGCUCUCUGGUCCUUACCGGCUCUCCUAUCUCUUUCCAUCCCUGUCCCCGACCUGCUGCAGGUGUCUUCAACAACUGCUCGCACUCGGCCAGCGACAAGGGCUGGGCGCUGGGUAUCCGCGCCCUGCAGCUCAGAGGCAAGAAGGACGCGCGCUUCUUCUUCUCCCUCCGCACGGACCGGGCAGCCACUGCCACCGAGGUGACCUCCCACCACCGCUACCGCCCUGAGGCAUGGACACACCUGGCUGCCAGCUACGAUGGGCGGUGGAUGUCCCUCUACGUCGAUGGGGUGCGGGUCGGCCGCUCCGGCGGGCAGGAGGGACCCCUGCACAGUGCCUUCAUGUCCUCCUGCCGCACGCUGCUGCUGGGGGGCGACGCCUGGGGGACCACCCACACUUUCCGGGGACACCUGGCUGGGCUGGCCCUGUGGCGUGGUGCCCUGUCCCAGUCCCACCUCCAGCGUUCCUUUCUAGAGGAGGUGGCUGAGGAGACGGAAGGGCUGGCUCUGGCCGCUGGCUUUGCCACCCCGGAGGAAUGCUGGACGCCUUUUCGGGAGGGUGCCUUCCCCCAGCAGUGGGUGCUGCUGUCGCCGCCGUCGCCCAUCCUGCGGCCGCUGGGCCCCCCUGCCUGUGGGCAGACUGCCUGCGAUAACGUGGAGCUGGUCUCCCACUACAACCAGCACUGGCCGCUGCGGAGCUGGAAGGUGCUGCGCUACCGCGUGGUGAACCUGGCGGAGGAUGAUGGAGGGCGGCCCACGGUCAGCUGGGAGCAGAUUUGGCGGCAACACCGGGCUCUGAGCGAAGCUUUCCGGCCCUACAACAUCUCCUGGCAGCUGAGCUUGCUGGAGGUACGCAACUCCUCUCUCCGCCGCCGCGCUGUCCUCCUGGGCUGCGAGCCCAGCAAGGUGGGCAACGAGCGCUGUGACCCCGAGUGCGAGCAUCCCCUGACCGGCUACGAUGGCGGGGACUGCCGGAGGCCCGGCCGCUGCUUCUCCUGGAAGCGCCGCGACGGCGUCUGUCACAUGGAGUGCAACAACAUGCUGGAUGACUUCGAUGACGGCGACUGCUGCGACCCUCGGGCCACCGAUGUGGCCAGGACCUGCUUCGACCCCGACUCGCCCCAGCGGGCAUACAUGAGUGUGAAGGAGCUGAAGGAGGCUCUGCAGCUGAACAGCACCCAUUUCCUCAAUGUUUACUUUGCCAGUUCGGUGAGGGAGGAGUUGGCUGGUGCUGCCACUUGGCCGUGGGAUAAAGAGGCCCUUAGUCACCUGGGUGGAGUUGUCCUCAACCCUGCUUACUAUGGCAUGCACGGCCACACCAACACCAUGAUCCACGAAGUGGGACAUGUCCUGGGGCUGUACCACGUCUUUAAGGGAGUGAGCGAGCGGGAAUCUUGUGAUGACCCCUGCAGGGAGACCACUCCAUCCAUGGAGACAGGAGACCUGUGUGCUGACACUGCCCCCACCCCAAAGAGUAAACUCUGUCGGGACCCAGACCCUACCAAUGACACCUGUGGCCAGACACAUUUCACAGGGACGCCCUUCAACAACUACAUGAGUUACACAGAUGAUGACUGCACCAACAGCUUCACCCCCCACCAGGUGGCCCGGAUGCAUUGUUACCUGGACCUGGUGUACCAGCGCUGGGGCCACAGCAAGAAGCCGGCGCCCAUCCCCAUCCCUCCCAUGGUCACGGGGCAGGCACAGGACUCCCUCAGCAUCUACUGGCUGCCUCCCAUCAGCGGUGUCAUCCACGAGAGCAGGGAGCAGGACACGCUCUGUGACAGCUGUGCUGAGGAUGGCACCUUCCGUCAGUACGUGCACGAGGCCUCUUCCCCUCGGGUCUGUGAUUCCUCUGGCUACUGGACCCCAGAAGAAGCAGAAGGUCCUCCAGAUGUGGAUCAGCCCUGUGAGCCCAGUCUGCAGGCCUGGAGUCCGGAGCUCCACUUGUACGACAUGAACAUGACCGUGCCGUGCCCCCAGCCGGACGGCUGCAUCCUGGAGCUGCGCUUCCUGCACCCUGUCUACCCCGAUUCUCUCACCCUCUGGACCACGUACCUCUCCACGGGCUCUCCCAAGGCGCUGUCUGACAUUGAAAUCCUGACAGAGCAGGGGGAGUCCAUCCACCUGGGCCCCCUGGACACCUUCUGUGAUGUCCCCUUUACUGUGAAGCUCAAUAUCCCCAAAAAGAUGUCUGGAGUUAAAAUCUAUACCUUUGAUGAGAGGAUGGAGAUAGACACAGCCCUGCUGACCUCCAGGCCCCACAGCUCCCUGUGCUCAGCCUGCAGGCUGAUCCAGUACCGGGUGCUCCGUGACCCCCCAUUUGCAGACGGGUCCCCAGCCACCCCCCUGCAGGCACACCGCCAGUUCAUCGACACGGAAGUCACACCUGGGCAGGUGUACCGCUACCAGGUGCAGGUAAUCUCUGGGACAACCUCAGGAGAAGCCUCCCCACCGCUCAUCCACGUGCAUGGAACACCCUACUGUGGGGAUGGGAAGGUGACCAUGAGCCUGGAGGAGGAAUGUGAUGAUGGUGACUUGCUGGAUGGAGAUGGUUGUUCCAGGAAGUGUAAAAAGGAAAAAGGCUUCAGCUGUAUCGGGGAACCAAGCCUGUGCUACGUUCAUGAUGGGGACGGUGUGUGUGAGCCCUUCGAGAAAAAAAGCAGCAUGCUGGACUGUGGUCCACACACCCCUGAGGGAUAUGUGGAUCUGUGGGCAGUGAAAGCCUAUGCCUCCCUACAGGAUGCAAAGUCCUGCCUUGCUUCCUUAGUCACUGGAGAGCCUGUUGUGAAGGUAUGUAAAUCCCACCUUCAUGAGGUGCCAAAGGACCUUUUGGAGGCUGCUUGGUUUCCCUGUACUCCCAGCCAAGAGAAUGCCCAGGAACCAAAUGAGAAGAUGCUCUCGGGAGAUGAGGGUGUUUGGCUCAAGGUUUGCUUUGAGAGACCUGCAGUGCCCACCUCCCUCCUACUCUUCCUGGCCUCCUCUGGCACUGUCCCAAGCCAGCAGCACAAGCCGGUGGUUGGUGUCCAGCUGACUGACACAGACGGACAGAACCGCUCUUUGGGGAUGUACGAGCUGUCGUGUCAGCACAACCCCCUCAUCAUCAACGUGACCAAUAGCCAGGAAGACCCAUCCCCCCAGAUUGCUUCAGUGCUUUUCAACUUCUCCUCUGCACUUGUGGGCAUUGCAGCCGUGGCCUUGCGAACCUUGGCUCAGCCUGGCUCCUCUGACCCCCUCACCACCUGCCUUCUGCAGCACGAGGAGGGCUGUGGCCAUCAGUGCUACAGCUGUGUCCACGGUACCUGCCUGGGAUCGGGAAUUUGCAUGCAGCCACUGCUCGCUCAUGCUGCCACCCUCAACUGCAGCUCCGAUGGCCCAAGGCACAUGACGUGCACUGUUUCCUGUGAAAAGGGCUUUGUCCUCCACUCCAGUGGUGGGAAGAGGCUGGGCUCCAUGGAGCAGGAGGUGGUGCUGACGUGCAGCUCGGGCCAGUGGGACAGAUCUGUGACUUGUGACCCCGUUGACUGCCGUGUCCCUGACCAGUCCCACGUGUACUAUGCUGAGUUCUCCUGCCCUGUGGGGACUACCUACCUGCAGAGAUGCUCCUUCUCCUGCAUCCCCCCAGCCAAGCUUCAAGGAACAAACCAGUGGCUCACCUGCCUGGAGGAUGGUCUCUGGUCCCUGCCUGAAGCUUACUGCAAGCUGGAGUGUGACGCGCCUCCCGCCGUGGCCAACGCCAAGCUUCUGGUGCCUCGCUGCCUGCAGGGGAACCACGAUGUGGGCUCAGUCUGUCGCUACAAGUGCAAGCCUGGAUACCACGUGGCCGACAGCACAGCAGACAAGCCUAAAAAGAAGUUCCUGAAGGUCCAGUGCCUGGAGAGUGGGCAGUGGGAAGAGGGACACUGCGUCCCUGUGGUUUGCAAGCCCCCAUCCCCCGUCUUUGAGGGCAUGUACAAUUGCACCCAGGGCUUCAAGCUGGACAGCCAGUGUGUCCUCAACUGCGAGCAGCAAGGACAGCAGGUUCCUAUCAUCUGCACUAAGGAGGGCUUGUGGACAGAGGAGUUCAAACUGUGUGAGAGCUUGCAGGGCACCUGCCCACCACCCCCGGAGCUGAAUUUCGUGGAGUACAAGUGUGAGCAGGGGCAUGGCAUAGGUGCUGUGUGCAUUCCUUCCUGUAUCAUUCCUCCCAGUGACCCCGUCAUACUGCCCAAAAACGUCACUGCUGAGACAAUGGAUCACCGUCUGCAGCCCACCAGAGUCCAGAACAUUGUGUGCACGGGCAGGCUGCGGUGGUACCCGGACCCCUCUGUCAUUCACUGCAUCCAGUCGUGCGAGCCCUUCCAAGCAGAUGGCUGGUGUGACACCAUCAACAACCGGGCAUACUGCCAGUAUGACGGCGGGGACUGCUGCUCCUCCACACUGUCCUCCAGAAAGGUGAUCCCAUUUGCUGCUGACUGCGACCAGGACGAGUGCACGUGCCGCGACCCGGCGGCUGAGGAGAACCAGUAGCGGCACCACGAGGGGCCUCUCUGGGUCAGGCAGCGCCGGAGGAGCCAAGGGGCAGCAGUGGGGCCGUGGGAAUGGCAGGGGCAAGGGGGCAGGAGCCUGAGGGAGAGCCCGGGCAGGGGGAUGGCGACCGCGCACGGAGGGGUUGGGUCCGGGCCACCGAGGAGCCCAGGAGGGCAGGAAUGUGGUCCCGUCCCCAUCGCUGCUCCCUCCAGAACCCACACGAGGCGCUCAGCCAGGGGUCUGGUGCCGCCUCAGCCACACGCUGGGCUAGGGUCCAUCCACGCCGAGAGCCCAGGUGCUGCCACGGAUGUUUGUCCUGGUCCGGCUCCUGGGUGUCUGUCUUUGCUCUGGAUUUUGUCACUAUGCACCCCUCUCUGCUGUACAGACUUCUUUUAGCAAGGUCGAGGUAGUUGUGAUCUCUCUGCAAAUAUUUAAACUUAAUUAUAUCUAUAUACAUAUAUGUAAUAUAUAUAUAUAAAUAUAUAUUAUAUUUUCUUUGCUCUUGAUGAAGCUGAGAAAGGAUAUCCUUUAUCACACACCCAUGCUGCUGUGAAGUACAAACCAUUGAGAAAAGUGCAGGUCAGGGCAGGAGGAGCAGGGAUUUUCCCCUUCCUUGCUGAGAAGGAGCUGCAAGGAGGAGAGCAAGAGAAGCCAAACAUCCAGGCCAUGCCAGGAGAGAGCUCCCCAGGAGUGGAUGCUCUCACCUCGAGGUGAUUAGGGCAUCUUGCAGGGACCAAGUUUUGCCCUUGGUAUUUGCCAGUGCUUUGCCUUGUUCUGCUUAGGGUGUGGAUCAGGAUCAGGAUUGUGGGGUUGAGAAAAAAUGUUAUUGUGCUCUUGAAUCAUCCCAGUGAGCACAACAGAUUCCAAGGGCACCACAGGCAUCCAUCACACAUUAUUUUAGAGCCCUCUGGGCAUGUGUCCAUGGGGAUCACUGCAUGGUCAACAGGAGCAAAGACUCAGCAUGCUCCCCCUCUGUCUCACUUCCCCAGCCACUGCACACCCAGCUGGAUGUAGAGGCCAAACCAGUGUUGCUGUGUGAUGCUGGAAUGAAGGAUGCUGAGGUGGUCCUUCUUCUCUUUCCCCCACAUCUGAGCUCCAAAUGAGUUGUGUUGUCAGAAGCUCUCAGAGGAGACUAGACCCUGUAAUGCCAAAGGGACCAAAAAACACCUGUCAGGAGACUUUGAGAAUCAUCUUUUCUCAUUGACAUUUUCCUUAGUAUCAGUAGUAUUACUAUCUCUGUCCCAGCCCCUCAUGCUGGACAUACAGCUGCUGAUUUCCAAGAGGCUCUUGCUCCUGUAGGCACUAAGUGAAAAUCUGCAGAUUCAAUUCUGGCCUCAGAGAAGCCCAGCAAGAACCUCUGCCCCCAAUAAUUGAUUCCCAGAAGCUCAGCUAGGACCCAGCCACAUAAAGGCAGCAAUGGGGAAGGUGCCUGGCUCCAGCUGGGAUUAUCACUAAUGGUUUUGUGCUGUAAAGAGGCAGAGAAAAGGGAUAGAGGAGAGGAGAGCAGAGAAGGGACCACAGAAUAGGAACUCAUUGCAGGGAGCCCGGGUGAGCUGCAGGCUGGGAGCAAAGGACUCCAGCCUGCCUGCCUGUGUCCUGCCUGCACAGCCUGUGCUGUUGGAUACAGGCUUCCAGUGGUGGAGAGAGGGUGACACGGUGUGGAGAGACCAGGAAUUUUCAAGGCUUCCACUAGCUCUACCCCAUCCUAUUUUGUCAGGAAUUUCCUACGGUUGUGUUUUACUGGAGGACUUGAGUAGGGGCAGAGGUGCUGGGAUGUCCCACCAGCAUCCAGGCAGGAGAUGCCUUGUCCUUCUCCAAGCCCUUUCCUGACCCCAAGUGUCCCCAUCCACCUGGCCUAGACAGAGAUUUGAAGAGGUGGGGGACAAUGAGCCCCAUCUCCUCUUGGGACACUGACAUUUUUGUUCUCAUCAUGCACAGGUUGACCCCACCCCAAAAUUCACUGUCAGUCAGGCAGAUAGCAGCAAUAUUUUGUCAGAUAUCAACUUUUCAAUAAAAAAAAACAACCCUCAAGCAACCCAAGGAAAUUCAAGUAAUAGUUGGCCCAACACCCCCAGGAUGUGCAACUCAGGCAGCCUGUCCUGCUCCACCAGUGCAGGAAAUGAGAGAUCCAGGGGCCCCAUCACAGUAGGAGUGGGGUUCUGGCAGCCCCCAACAGCUGGGGGCAGUGGGGAUGUGGGAUGAACACAACACACAGAAGCAGAAUUUCAAGUUCCAGCAUCUUGUCAUGACAAACCCUUCCCUGCCUGGUGUCAGCGUUACCUGGAUGCCCAUGUGUUUAUAUGCCAAAUUUGUAUCCUUUUGGCAUGAAAAUCCUGGGUUUUUUUCUCUGCUCAUCUGUGUGUGCAGGGAAGGGACUAUGCCCCAUGGAAAGGGGAACAGGAGGAGGGCUGGGAUGGGAAGUGCUGGCUUGGCUGGUAGACAUUUGUGCUUCUCAUGACCAGACAGCUUCUACAUACCGAAAUAUUGUUCUUCUAUAGCGACACUGAGCGGUUUUUGUCCCCUUUAGGGUUUUAUUCACAACGGAGGCUGCUGCUAUUUUUAUUUUUUUGUAUUUGAUAAUUAUUUUUUAUAAAAAUCUAUGAAAAAUAAAUAAUCUUCUCAUCCUCCAUCUCUCUUGCCUCCUUGAUUCCCCCAAAAGGGAGCCAGGGAGGUGGUUUGCUUGUCCUGACACCUUUGUUCUGACAUAUUCUCUUCUUCCCAAACCACAGACUCUCCCAGAACAGUCACAGCCCAGUUGGAUAUUUCCUUUGGGGUGUGGAGGGACACUCAUCUCUAAUGCCACCCCCUAAAUCAAGGCUGCCACCCAGGCAGCUUUUGCUGUCCCACCAGCUGCAAGAACACUUCUGCAGAAGGUCUUCUCCUGGUUAUGCUACAAACUGGUCUAAGACUGGUCACUUUUUGUAAUUAAUCCAUUUAAAAUGUAGGGAAAUGUGUGUGUGUGUGUGUGUGUGUCUGUGUAUGUUCACACUCCACCUCCCUGGGGGGAGCAGAAGGUGGCCCACACUAGAGCCAGAGGACCACAUGGUAUCCUGGCAAGAAAUUUAAAACCCAAGAGAAUAAAGUUGCUUUAAGAUUUGAGGAUUUUUUUUUCCAUUGUUUUUUAAAGUGACUGAGUAAAUUUUGUACUUAUGGACUGAGAAACACCAAAAAGCCCUUGCCCUGUGUUUAAACCUCACUCUUCAUCCUCCAGCCAUCUCUGAAGCUCCUCAUGGGUCUUUUCUUCAUGUGUGGGACUCAGUUCCAGAGGAGGAACAGCAUCUCCCAGUAACAUUAAAUGUCCUCUCUAGGGAAAAGCUCCCCAAAUUGUGCACUCUGGAGAGAAGCCAACACCAAUCCUUCCAACACACACACAUUUCCUAAAAAUCUUCCCAUGUGCUGGUGACACAUCCCUUGCAGUCCACUGCAACCUUUUUUGGGAUGGCUUUCUCCAAACCCCCAUGGAUUGCAAGCCAGAUAACCCCUAAGAAGAUUUUGUGAUGAGCUAGCUGUGCUGAGAUAUUUACACAGCAGUUUAGGCUUGCAGCUACACACCCUGCUCCACACAGACCUUCUCCUCUUCCUCCUCCUCUUCCUCCUCCAUCUCACUCCAUAGCCACAGCUUAUUGUGCAAUGAGAUGGUGGUUAACUGCAUGGAAAACAGCAGAAGGAAAGUAUUUGGUAUAUUUUUAGCUCUUUUUCCUGCAAUUUAGCACCGAGAAAAGAAAAAAAAAAUCAAGUUGUUCCAUGAGACUUGAUGAAGUCUGGUUUCCUAUGGAUUCAUGUGCUAUAGCCCCAAAAUCCCUCUUGCAUCCUCCCAAGUGUCCUGUCUGUCUGCCUGUCUGCCUGCCCAGGCUCCCCCUGGGUCUUCCACCCAUCUGGCAGGGCAGGUGGCAAUACACGCUGGCCAAGGGACCUGCCCUUGUAAAUCCUGAUGGCCUGACCAUUAGACACAGCACAGCACUCUUAAGUGGCUUUUGGCAUCUUUUGCAGAUCUCACCUCUGUUCAGGCACUGGUUUUCACAUUCUUUGUGGGAUAUUAAUACUCAUGUUGCUGCUAGUCCUCCGUCAAAAGUCUACCAGAUGGACCAGGACAUUCUCCAGGGGUGCUUGACCACCAGACAGCACCAUCCCAUCCACCUUAUAUACUAAAAAAAUGGCUAAAAGAAGCCUUUUUGGAGUCUGCUUCCAAGUUCCCAGCCAGUGGAGGUUUGCAAAUCAAGAACUGAGAGACCCUUGCCGAGGAUGUGUAAAAAUGCAAGUUUUUCCCCCAAAGGUGACUGGAGACAUCUUUACCUUUCCACGUCCUGCAGAGCAGGUGGGCAAGACGAGGCGCAGGACACGGCUUCAUCUGCGUGUGCUGAGUGGUUUGGGACUUGGCUAACCCAUUGGGCAGACAGGCUAAUGCUAAACUUGUGUGAAGACUCACCCGAGUUCAAAGGCUGGGAGUGUUUUAUCUGCAACCAAAGAUGACAUCAACUGGACCAAAACCAUAAACAAACACUCCAGUUUGCCAGAGCCAGAGAUUACUAACAGCUCCGUUUAAUAGUCGGUUAAAUUAUCAUCUGGAGUUUUACAUAGUGUUACAAUGAUUUUUUGUUGCUGUUGUUUAAAACCUUUUUUAUUUUAUUUUUUUUUUAAGUAAUCCAGAAGGGUUUUGUAUUUCUUGCCACAUGGCUGUCUCACCCUAAAGCACCCUACUUUCAAUCUACAGUAGUAAAACGUCACAUUAGAGUUUUAAUAGAACAUCAAGGAACAUGAAUUGUAGCCAUCUUUGUAAAGAAAAGGACCAAACUGUCUUUAUAUGUUAAAUAACUCCACGACAAGGAAAAGGUAGUAAUGCUAUUACAGGGGUACAGACGCAGCAAAGAAAAGUUAACGACCCAGAGGUUCAUCUCAGGUGAAUGAUUGCUCGUUAAUUCAGAAAUAAAACAAAAAGAAAGGGCAAGGGGGUUGCACAAAUGGUUGGAAAACAGUUCUUGUCCAGUUUUCAUGUUGCUGGCAGCUUGGGAAGAAUCGGGAGUCCAAGAGAGAAAAUAUUGUGUAGACCCUGCAACAGAUGUGGAUGGUGUCAGCUCUGCAGGGAAUCACAGAGACAUAGAAUGGUUUAGGUUGGAAGGGACCUUAAUGAUCUUCUGGUACCAACCCUGCUGCUUCCACUAGACCAGGGGACACCUAUUUUGGGUGAGCAAGCCCCACACAAGACUUUUCACCAAGGCCAGGUCUACGGCCAAGGUGCAGGCCCCAUGGGGGAUUGGUCUGGUCCUCCGUGGUGGCUGCUGGCAUUUGUCUGACAUGGACUUGUGUGGUAGCUGAGAGACUUGGGCAAGAAAAUCCAAGCUUGGGCAAGGUUCUGACUUGCAAAUCGAGAGUGAGGAAGCCAAGAAGGGAGCCCUCACAAAGCCAGGGUCACCAUGAAAAUGGUGUGCCACGUUGGCAGGCCCUGCCAGCACAGCAGCUGCAGGGACACCAUGGCAGGCAAAUCAGCAGAGCACAGUCCUGCCAGCAGCCUGCACAGUCUGUCACAGGCUGAGGAUGCUGAGCCCCAUCCAGCUGUGCAAGGGUGCUGCCAAAGGACUUUGGAGGGGUGGGAUUCCCCUCACUCUCCAAAGCCCAGCCCAUGGAGAAGCCAGGACUUGGGGAGCACAGUCCAGCCCAGCUGGGUGAUGAUGCUGCAGGGCUUUGGUUGCCCGUGCAAGGGCUUUGAAGUGUCAGCACAGAAGCAGAACAGAAAUAUCUGCAGAGCCUCAGUGUAAAUCUUGGGGCCAGAUGAAAAAGUAACCUAGACAGGUGUGAAUGCAUGGUGUGCCCAAGGUUUUCCUGGCAGCAUCACAGUGAGUGGCUGGCUGACAGCACUGCUCCUGUCCUUGCUGCUGCACCUAGUAAGUAAUAAAAGAGAGGAGUCUGCUACCCAAAAGAAAACAGUCUGCAUUUCACAUAAAGGCCAUGUACACGGUAUUACUUGGCGAGAAACCAACUGGUGUCUGGGCCAGAGCAGCCUUCAUUCAAACAUCCCUUUGAGGCUUGAGCAGUGGUGCCCUUUGCCCAUGGCUGGAUGGCUGCCCAGCUGGAAGUUAAAAGUUGUCUCAGCAUCAGCUGGGAUAAGCAAAAGGAUAAACAGAAGUGGCCAAGAGUCUUGCUGAAAGGAAAAGGAUUGAUGACUCAGUACAGAUCACCUGCCCAUAUAUACCUGUGCAUGGAGGUGGCACUGGUCUCACUCUGAGCCCUAAGCCCUUGGCAGCAUCAGGCACAUCAAAAUACAGGGACAAACA